CUGAAGGUGGCUGGGACCAUCUGCAGGGAAGCAGCAGGAUCCUGUGACCUCCCCGAGUACUGCACGGGGGCCUCAGCCUACUGCCCACCCAAUGUCUACCUGCUGGAUGGCUCCUCCUGUGCCCACGGCCAGGCCUACUGCAGCAAUGGCAUGUGCAUGACCCACCACCAGCAGUGUGUCCAGCUCUGGGGACCAGGAGCCUGGCCAGCCCCAGAUGCCUGCUUCCAGGACGUGAACAUGGCUGGCAACACCUACGGCAACUGCGGCAAGGACAGCCAAGGGCGCUACGUGAAGUGUGACAAGAGGGAUGCCAUGUGUGGGAAGAUCCAGUGCCAGAGCUGGGCCAAGAAGCCCCAGGGCACCAACACGGUCUCCAUCGACACCACCAUCCGCUUCAACGGGCGGGAGGUGAGGUGCAGGGGCACCUACGUCUACACCACCAAGGAGGAGGAGGAAGACCUCUCUGACCCCGGGCUGGUGAUGACUGGGACCAAAUGUGGAGAUGGGAUGGUUUGCAAGGACCGUCGGUGCCAGAAUGCCUCCCUGUUUGAGCUGGAGAAGUGUGUUUCCCAGUGCAAUGGCCACGGGGUCUGCAACAGCAACAAGAACUGCCACUGUGAUGCUGGCUGGGCGCCCCCCCCCCCCCACACCCCCCACUGCCAGAAGCCAGGCCUGGGGGGCAGCGUGGACAGUGGCCCCGUGCAGCCUGACAACCACGAAGCCAUCUUGAUCACCCUUCUGCUCCUCUUCCUCCUCUUCCUCCCGGCCCUGACGAUGAGCGUCUGCUUCUGGUACCGACGGGAGGACUCACUCCUGAAUAAAUGGAUAAAGGAGCUGAGAAGGAGGAGCCAGGAGACAUACAGGAACAAAACCAGCAGCAGGAAGUCAACCAGUGGCCACCCCAAAGCUGCCUUCACCUUGAGGAACAUCUCCACCUCCAGCCACACCAGUAAAGCCACCCGAGCUGCCUUCCUGCCCCAGCCCAGCCUUCAGCAGCACAGCUCCCAGCCCAUCAACGUCGUCCACCCUCUGCAGCCAGCUCCCCACUCCCUCCCCUCACGCCCCAGAGACCCCAAACCUGCCAGGCCACCACCACCAGCCAGCAAAUCACCCCUGGUCCCUACCAAAACCCUCCUGUCCCAGGCUAAGCUGCCACCUCCGAAGAGACCUCUGCCCUGCGACCCCGUGAGGACCCCCCUGGUUGUCCCAAAGCACCAACCUCCCCGUCGGCCCCUGCCUGGAAGUCCUGUUCUGGCCAAAGAGCUGCCUUCUGCACAUGGACAGACCCUGCUGGUCAUGGUCCCUCCUACCAGCUUCAAGGCAUCUGGGACAAGUGCCAUGAGCCACCUCACGAGGCCCUUGAA